UGUAAAUACCUGAAACCCUGUAGCUGAGAGGCAGCCCUACAGCUCUGCAACGUAUAUGUGGAAAAUCAAAAUGACUAUAGUAUAUUUUUCCAAAUGGUAAUCACUUAGCUUUCUGUUUCAAGGUCUGUUAAAGCAGUUCAUUUCGUGAAACCCAGCCCUACUGCACUUGAAAAGCACAGCAAGCACAGAAGCGUAACAACUCACCCGUACUUUUAAUUGAUCUGGUAUUUCUACAAGGUGCCACCCUUUUCCACACCUCCUACCUCCUCCUUAAGUGACUCAGCCUCUGAAGGAGAAAUCUCUUGAGUUUUCAGACAGCUGGAUGGAGAACAACAAUUCAGCUCUCUGUCUGCUUUGACUGUGCCUCACUUCCAGCUGUCUCCAGGUUGACUAACCACACUGAGCCACGCUAGGACACUAACUUCUACCAUACCUAGAUUCCUAGAGAAGGACAACAUACCACGGAACAAAUGUCAGCUUUCAGUAUACAAAAACAGCCUCCAAAUCAAAGCGAUAAGAAGAGCCCCUCUGUUGCAAUUAAAAGCAGACAACAGGCUUCUCAUGAUAUUAAUAAACGGCGGACACUUUUGCAAGAUAACAGCUGGAUAAAGAAGAGGCCUGAAGAGGAAAGUGCUGAUGAAAACUAUGGAAGGGCUGUGCUUAAUCAAUACAAAUCCCAAGAUAGUCUACACAGUAGCACAAAUGAAAAGGAAGGUCAGACAGCUGUACUUGGACGAUACAGAUCUGAUACCACCUUGGACAGAAUUCCGACCAGAAGUGAUACUGAUAAAGUAAAUAAGUGCCCAACUCUGAAUGAUAAGCAAAACAACAGGCAAUCUUGGACUCCUAAUGCAGCACUCACAAACACUGCUGCCACUUCUUCAAUCAAGAAAAAGAGGCAAUCUUGGAUGCCACCCCCUGUUUCGAGUACUAAGACCAAAACACAAGCAGUGGAAACCAGACACACCACUUCAGGAAAUUCAGAGGCUCAAACAAGGGCUGCUCUUUCAUCAGAACAGGUGACCCUUCAGAAAUCAAAGACCGAUGUGGACGUUCAAGCUAUAGCAAGGAACCAAGACCUCGAUAACCUCAGCAAAGCGAAUCCAAGUUCUUCCACAAGUGACAAGGAACAAAAACACCUUCAGGAUCUUACUGAAAUAAAUACUGUUGAUCAGAAAAAUAAGAGAGAUGAGGACCUUGGUGAUAACACUGAAGUAAAGUCUGCUGACGACCAAAGUAAAAAGCGGAUAACUGAGAAAGCAUAUGAGAAUCCUCCAAGGGCUCUAAAUAAUCUCCCAGAAACAAACUACUCUAGCGACAAUGAAAGGAAGACCAGCAAAUCAUCAUAUGGUGCCUAUGAAGAAAAUAUAACUGGAAAUACUAUUAAAACUGUUUACUCCACUUCUGACCGGAGUAUAAUUGGAAAAGAUAUAUGUACAUACUGCAGGAAGCCCUUGGGCAUAGAUGCCAAAAUGAUCUUAGAUGCCUUGCAAAUCUGCUGUCAUUCAACUUGCUUCAAGUGUGAAGUAUGUAAGAGACCCCUGGAAGAUCUAAAAGCAGGAGACAGCAUUUGGAUUUACAGACAAACUGUGCAUUGUGAGCCCUGCUAUUCCAAAGUUAAAGAAAAAUGGAUCUACUAAUUCUGACAUACAGAACUCAUGAUAAAGAAGUUCCACUGUUGUUUAAUUAAGUGUAUUGGCCUGUUAAUUCAAAGCACUGUGUAAAAUUAUUCAUUUGUAUUGCUAGGAAAAAAUUUCCUAAAUGAAGUCCUACUGCAUAGUUAUCAAAGGAAUUAAUUUAUUGGGAAUUCAGAUGCCCUUUCAUACAUACAUUGCAGGAAGCAAAACGAGACAUUGUUCAGUAUUUUCAUCAGAUCUGUGAAACUGUUAAAGUGUAUGCAAAACCAAUGAUAAUUUAUUGAAAUUUUCUGAAUGUCAGAACAUACCUACACACUUGUUAUGAAGGGGCUGUAUUCUCUUUUGUGUAAAACACAUCUCCUCCAAUAUAAAGAUCUGUUGGCUUAAUAUAGCAUGAAUGGGAUUCAUCUCAUCAAAAAUUUGGAGGUCAACUAUUUGGUUUAAACUAGUGUUUUCAUACAAAGGGAAGGGGGUUCAUGCUGUACCUUUGAGGAGAGACAUCAAUCUCCAGAGGAAGGUUCUUUCCAAGUAACCUAAAUGGUAAUUCUGAGACAGAACAAAUCAUCUUUGGAAAAUGCAUCUCUAUUACUGCAGAAGGAUUCUAGGUAAAUAUAGUUAGAGGGUUUUAAGUAGAAUUAUCCCACUCUAUGUUUAUAAUUCUGUUACUAUUGUAUUACCAUUUUUUAAGAGGUGCACACUUAAUAGUUGCCAUGAAAUAAUGAAAUACAUACUUUGCACGACAUUAUGUUGUUGUAUUUAUCUUUCCUACUUUAUUAAACUACCUAAACACUUUGGAUGGAUUCCUCUUGCCUAAAUUUAUAUACAAUGUAGACAUCUAUUUCUGAGUUACUUGAUCUAUUCUGUCUCACACAGAGGAGCAGACUUUUUUAGGAAGCAAUUCAAUUGGUCAGAUUGCAAAUGUCUAUUUUACUGUGGUGUUAACCAUGCUUUGAAUGUAUGUCUUAUUUGCCAUGGUUUGCAAAGGAAUCUGGAAUGAACAGUUCAGAAUUCUACACAUCUACAUUAGGUCAGAUAAACUCCUUCAAGACUACAGUGAAAGCAUUUUUUUUUUUUUGGAUAGUGUAUGUGUAUAAGGUAUAGAAACUGAAAGAGGAAUUCAUGCUUUGUUAUAAUAUGUUGCCUAAAAUAUUCAAUAGUUGAGUAGUUUACUGGACAUACAAGGGGUUGACUACUAGUCUUUGACAUGAGACAUUUUAGAUCAUGAUUAUCCAGAACAGUUUUUUCUUCCUUACGCCUCAGCUUAAAAGGACUUCUUGGAUAUGUCCAUGACAGAGUUAGAGUGUUUGGAGGCUGUUGGACCUGAGCAAGAGCUUAGAAGCGUGUGAAAUGUCAAAGCCAUAGAUAAAUAUUAGACUAGUGACUGAACGUUUCAUAGUGGAGACAGGAGGCAUGGAUGGAUGUCUGUGUAAUUUAAACCAUUGGGCCUGCAGCUGAAUAAUGAUGUAAUCUGUCUUGUCUGGCUUAAAGGAUCUUCAGACUGACAUGCAAAGGAGCCAUGAAACAGUAGAUAUUUUGUUUUGUUAAUUUUAUGAAAAUUUCUUAUGAAUUAAUGGCAGUAGCUCUAAUAAAUCUGUAAUUAUAUAUA